ACUACAUAUUUAAUUUUUUAUAUUUUUAUAUAGAUCAAACAUGUCUGAAAAUAAUAAGAUUAUACUUGUAACUGGUGGAACAGGACUAGUUGGUAGAGCUAUUCAAAAUAUUAUUAAAACAAAUAAAAAUGAAAAUGAAAAAUGGAUAUUUGUAGGUUCUAAAGAUGCAAAUUUAUGUGAUAAACUAAGUACAGAAAAAUUAUUUGAAAAAUAUAUGCCUACACAUGUUAUUCACUUAGCUGCUAUGGUUGGUGGUCUAUUUUAUAAUAUGUCACAUAAUUUGGAUUUUUUGCGCAAUAAUAUUCAUAUGAAUGAUAAUGUAUUACAAACAGCUCAUGAACAUGAUGUUGUCAAAGUAAUAUCAUGUUUGUCAACUUGCAUAUUUCCUGAUAAAACAACAUAUCCUAUUGAUGAAUCUAUGGUUCACAAUGGGCCACCUCAUCCAUCAAAUUAUGGUUAUAGUUAUGCUAAGCGUCUUAUAGAUAUUCAAAAUAGAGCUUAUUAUGAACAAUAUGGUAGAAUUUAUACUAGCAUUAUUCCAUGCAAUGUAUUUGGUCCAAAUGAUAAUUUUCAUCCUAGUGCUAGUCAUGUCAUACCAGGCUUAAUGCGUAGACUUUAUGAUUUGAUAAAAGAUGGAAAUACAGAAGAUAAAGAAUUCACUGUAUUAGGUUCUGGGAAACCAUUAAGACAAUUUAUUUAUAGUUUAGAUUUAGCUAAAUUAAUAAUAUGGGUUUUGAGAGAAUAUAAUUCUGUGGAACCAAUCAUAUUAUCAGUUGAUGAAUGUCAAGAAGUUACAAUUUCUCAAGUAGCUGAAUCAAUUGCCCAAGCUUUUAAUUUCAAAGGAAAACUAAUAUAUGACACAUCUGCAGCUGAUGGACAAUAUAAAAAAACAGCAAAUAAUGGAAAAUUACGAAAAUAUUUGCCUGAUUUUCAGUUUACACCAUUCAAUCAAGCUAUUAAAGAUACUGUUGAUUGGUAUAUAGAGAAUUAUGAUCGCGCGAGAAACUAACGGAAACCAAUUAUUAAUUUAAUAUUCCAUUUAAAUAAAUUUGGCUGUGUAUAAAAUAAGAAAAGAAAAUCAUAUUGUUUCAGGCAUAUAUUCUGUAAUUUAAUGUAAUAUAAUUUAAACUAUGUUUAAGUGGCGAAAUUAUAAAGGUUUGAAUAUAAUUUUAAUUGUAUUGUAAAUUUUCAAAGCAUAAAAUAUAUUUUAAAAUUAUAAAA